AUGGAGGAAGAGAGCAAGGAGCAGCUCCCCCAUGCCGUCGCGCUGUCGGCGGACAGUCCAGAUGAUAGCGACGGUACCUCCACCGUCCUGGGCGACGAAAGGACCCCCGACCCCCCCAACCCCAACGUCAGUCGCGCCGACAACUGGGCCCUGAUGUCCCAGGUCAAGAUGCAGCACCAGCGCGACAUGCAGUCCGGCUUCAAGCGCCGUGAGCUGGGCGUCACCUGGCAGAACCUGUCCGUCGAGGUCGUCAGCGCCGAGGCCGCCGUCAACGAGAACUUCCUGUCGCAGUUCAACAUCCCCACCCACGUCAGGGAGUCCCGCAACAAGCCCCCCCUCCGCUCCAUCCUGCACAACAGCCACGGCUGCGUCAAGCCCGGCGAGAUGCUGCUCGUCCUGGGCCGCCCCGGCUCCGGCUGCACCACCCUGCUCAAGAUGCUGGCCAACCGCCGCCUCGGCUACCGCUCCGUCCAGGGCGACGUGCGCUACGGCUCCCUCACGGCCGACGAGGCCGCCCAGUACCGCGGCCAGAUCGUCAUGAACACCGAGGAGGAGGUCUUCUUCCCCACCCUCACCGUCGGCCAGACCAUGGACUUCGCCACCCGCCUCAAGGUCCCCUUCCACCUGCCCCAGGGCGUCGACUCCGCCGAGGCCUACCGCCAGGAGACCAAGGACUUCCUCCUCGAGUCCAUGGGCAUCACCCACACCAACGGCACCAAGGUCGGCAACGAGUACGUGCGCGGGGUGUCGGGCGGCGAGCGCAAGCGCGUCUCCAUCAUCGAGUGCCUGGCCACCCGCGGCUCGGUGUUCUGCUGGGACAACAGCACCCGCGGCCUGGACGCCAGCACCGCCCUCGAGUGGACCAAGGCCGUGCGCGCCAUGACCGACGUCCUGGGCCUGUCGUCCAUCGUCACCCUCUACCAGGCCGGCAACGGCAUCUACGACCUGUUCGACAAGGUGCUGGUGCUGGACGAAGGCAAGGAGAUCUACUACGGCCCCAUGGCCCAGGCCCGGCCGUUCAUGGAGGACCUGGGCUUCGUCUGCCGCGAGGGCUCCAACGUCGCCGACUACCUGACCGGUAUCACCGUCCCCACCGAGCGCAAGAUCAAGCCCGGCUACGAGAACCGCUUCCCGCGCACCCCGGACGCCAUCCUCGAGGAGUACCAGAAGUCGCCCGUCUACACCCACGCCACUGCCGAGUACAACUACCCCGACACCGACCUGGCGCGCGAGCGCACCGCCGAGUUCCAGGCGUCCGUCUCCCAGGAGAAGAACAAGCAGCUGCCCAAGACCAGCCCGCUGACCGUCGACUUCCUCUCCCAGGUCAAGGCCUGCAUCGCCCGGCAGUACCAGAUCAUCUGGGGUGACAAGGCCACCUUCUUCAUCAAGCAGCUGGCCACCCUGGUGCAAGCCCUGAUUGCGGGCUCGCUGUUCUACGCCGCCCCCGACAACUCGGGCGGGCUGUUCGUCAAGUCCGGCGCCCUCUUCUUCUCGCUGCUCUACAACAGUCUGCUGGCCAUGGCCGAGGUGACCGACUCGUUCAGCGGUCGUCCGGUGCUGGUCAAGCACAAGGGCUUCGCCUACUUCCAUCCUGCCGCCUUCUGUAUCGCCCAGAUCACCGCCGAUAUUCCCGUCUUGCUGUUCCAAGUCAGCAUGUUCUCCCUCGUCGUGUACUUCAUGGUGGGCCUCACCAUGUCGGCUAGCCACUUCUUCACCUACUGGAUUCUGGUCUUCACGGCCACGAUGGUCAUGACCGCGCUGUUCCGUGCUGUCGGCGCCCUGUUCAGCACCUUCGACGGCGCGUCCAAGGUCUCGGGGUUCCUCAUCUCCGCCCUGAUCAUGUACACCGGCUACAUGAUCAAGAAGCCUCAGAUGCACCCGUGGCUCGGCUGGAUCUACUGGAUCAACCCCCUGGCGUACGGCUUCGACGCGCUCCUGUCCAACGAGUUCCACAACAAGAUCAUCCCCUGCGUGGGCACGAACCUGAUCCCCAGUGGCGAGGGCUACAACGGCGAUGGCCACCAGUCGUGUGCCGGUGUCGGUGGUGCCGUCCCCGGUCAGCCCUAUGUCACCGGCGAUGCCUACCUGGCCUCGUUGGACUACAGCUACACCCAUGUGUGGCGCAACUUCGGUAUCCUCUGGGCCUGGUGGGUUCUGUUUGCCGCCCUGACCAUCAUCGCCACCUCCCGCUGGAAGUCGCCCAGUGAGACCGGCUCGUCUCUGCUCAUUCCCCGCGAGUGCGUCGAUGCCAAUCGCCAGGUGGCCCGCCCCGACGAGGAGUCCCAGGUCAACGAGAAGUCCAAGAAGCCCCACGACGAGAGCUCCCAGGACGAGAGCGACCUCGACCAGCAGCUCGUCCGCAACACCUCCGUCUUCACCUGGAAGGAUCUCACCUACACGGUCAAGACGCCCACGGGCGACCGCGUCCUCCUCGACAACGUCUACGGAUGGGUGAAGCCCGGUAUGCUGGGCGCCCUGAUGGGCUCCUCGGGUGCCGGCAAGACCACCCUGCUCGACGUGUUGGCCCAGCGCAAGACUGAAGGCACCAUCCACGGCUCCGUCCUCGUCGACGGCCGCCCGCUGCCCGUCUCCUUCCAACGCUCCGCCGGAUACUGUGAACAGCUGGACGUGCACGAGCCCUUCGCGACCGUGCGGGAGGCCCUCGAGUUCUCCGCCAUGCUGCGCCAGGCGCGCGACGUCCCGACCGCCGAGAAGCUGAAGUACGUCGACACGAUCAUCGAACUGCUGGAACUGCACGACAUUGCCGACACGCUGAUCGGGCGGGUCGGCAACGGGCUGAGCGUGGAGCAGCGCAAGCGCGUGACCAUCGGCGUGGAGCUCGUCUCCAAGCCCAGCAUCCUCAUCUUCCUGGACGAGCCGACCUCCGGUCUGGACGGCCAGUCUGCCUACAACACGGUGCGGUUCCUGCGCAAGCUUGCGGACGUCGGCCAGGCCGUGCUGGUGACCAUCCACCAGCCGUCCGCGCAGCUGUUCGCCGAGUUCGACACCCUGCUGCUGCUCGCCAAGGGCGGCAAGAUGGUCUACUUCGGGGAUAUCGGCGACAACGGCCAGACGGUCAAGGACUACUUCGCCCGCUACGAGGCCCCGUGCCCCGGUGGCGUCAACCCGGCCGAGCACAUGAUCGACGUGGUGUCGGGCACUCUGUCGCAGGGCCGCGACUGGCACCAGGUCUGGAAGGACUCGCCCGAGCACUCGGCCGCGGUGCAGCAGCUCGACGCGAUCGUCGCGGACGCAGCCUCCAAGCCCCCGGGCACGGAAGACGACGGGCACGAGUUCGCCAUGCCCCUGUGGCAGCAGACGAUGAUCGUGACGAAGCGGUCCUGCGUGGCGGUCUUCCGCAACACUGACUACGUGAACAACAAACUGGCCCUACACGUCGGCUCCGGCCUCUUCAACGGCUUCUCCUUCUGGAUGAUCAGCGACAGCGUCAGCGCGCUGCAACUCCGGCUCUUCACGAUCUUCAACUUCAUCUUCGUUGCCCCCGGCGUGAUCAACCAGCUACAACCCCUCUUCCUCGAACGGCGCGACAUCUACGACGCGCGCGAGAAGAAAUCCAAAAUGUACUCGUGGAUCGCCUUCGUGACGGGCCUCAUCGUCUCCGAAAUCCCGUACCUGUGCAUCUGCGCCGUCCUCUACUUCGCCUGCUGGUACUACACGGUGGGCUUCCCGUCAGACAGCAACAAAUCCGGUGCGGUCUUCUUCGUCAUGCUGAUGUACGAGUUCGUCUACACCGGUAUCGGCCAAUUCGUAUCCGCCUACGCGCCCAAUGCCAUCUUCGCCUCGCUCAUCAACCCGGUCAUCAUCGGUACCCUGGCCUCCUUCUGCGGCGUGUUGGUGCCGUACUCCCAAAUCCAGGAAUUCUGGCGCUACUGGAUCUACUGGAUGGACCCGUUCAACUACCUCAUGAGCAGUCUUUUGGUGUUCACCACAUGGGACGCGCCCAUUCGGUGCCGGGAGAUCGAAUUCGCCAUCUUCGAUCCGCCGUCCGGCGAAACCUGCCAGAAGUAUCUGGCUAGUUAUCUUAAUACGACCGGCGUGUUCAUGACACUGGCCAAUCCGGACGCGACGGCUGAAUGUCGGGUGUGCGAGUAUUCCCAGGGAAAGGAUUAUCUGAUGUCGAUCAAUCUGCUCGAUUAUUAUUAUGGCUGGAGGGAUGCGGGCAUCGUUGCCCUGUUCGCGUUCAGUUCGUAUGCCCUGGUUUAUGUGCUGAUGAAGUUGAGGACGAAGGCAUCGAAGCAGGCGGAGUAGACAAACAUCUUUAUCACUCCUGUCUGUCUGUCGAUUUUUGGAUAUCCAUCCCCCCCCCCCUUUUCUCCUGGCUCAUCGCAUAUUUUCUUUUUUUUUUGGAUAUACUCAUAUUCAUACACAUACACAUACACAUACACAUACACAUACCCCAUUUACCCAACAUACCCAUACCCAUACCCACACAUACACUUUUGGACUGUGAAUUUUGAAAGCAUAUAGACAGAUAAACCAACCACUGUUUCUUGUUCUACUCCCCACUCUGCACUCUAUUUGGUCUCGGACUAUCUCUUCUCCCUUUCCUCUUCUUCUUGUCUAUCUUGAUGUUGCAUGUGCAUAUCACGGAUAUACGAUAUACCUGUCAAUACAGCCGCUGUCUCCCCCGGGAAGAUGACAGAAAAAUGGCCAUUUUGCAU